AUGAACCCAGAUAGUUUUAUAAAUUACGGAGUGGUAAGCGGGACUGAUACGUCUGCAGAUCAGACACAUCUUCCUCCUAAUAAUGAGUUCUCUCCGUUCCAGUUUGCCAACCAAAUAUCACCACCUCAACAACAACAGCAACAACAACAGCAGCAGCAUAUAGGCAACGAUGUACAUAGCCUUAAUGGGCAGAUGAACCUGAUUCACAAUAACAUAGGUCAUCAAUUUCAACAACAGCAAUUUAUACACCAGCCGUUUCCUCUUCAUCAGCAAAAUUUCGGACCAACUUCCCAGCCUUUCUACCCUUAUGUUAUUGGUCAACAACACCAGCAACAACAACAACAACAACAACAACAACAACAACAACAACAACAACAACAACAACAACAACAGCAACAGCAGCAGCAGCAUCAGCAAAACCAGCAACUACUACAGCAAAAUCCACCACCACCACAACAACAACAACAGCAGCAGCAGCAGCAGCAUUUCCAACCUCAGAAUCAAUCGCAGCAGCAUCAAAUCAAUGAUAAUUAUUAUCAAAUGAUAAACAGUAUGAUGGAUUUCAAUAAUCAGCACCAAAUGCCUGCACCAGGUAUUAAUUUGAAUAAUUUUCCUAAUCAAGAACAGCAAUUUCAACUAAACUCAUUUAUACCUAAUCUGGUUUCUGGCCAUUCGCUGGCGAACACUGUGGCCAACGACAAUGAUAAUAGUGACAGUAAUGAUGAAAUAGUUGACAUAACCGAUGAUGUUCAAAAAGAUCCGGGGCUAUUGGGAGCUGAUUUUUCUUUAUCUAACGAUGCUAGCCAAGUGAGAUUAGACAUUGAAAAGUAUAAUAAGAUAAUACAACAACGAACUUUAAAUGGUAUUCUAAAUAACACUUUUGCCACAGUGCCCUCAGGAUCUACGGUGCCUUUGCCAUCGCUUACAGCCAUUAAUUCUCCUAUUAAUCCUUCUUCUACUAUUACUACUAAUGCUAAUAAUAUUAAUAUUAAUAACUCCCAAUUUAAUAAUAUAAACUCUGGCCAAUUGGCGCCGCUUACUGGCCAAUUUAGAGCUGAAAAACCUUCUCAAACAAUUAAAGUUAAAAGCUCUAUACCGACAGGUGCUUUUGCUCCAAAGAAUUUUAAAAAGAAGGACAUAAAAGCGAAGAAAGAUCAACUAAGCCCAACAGUUACCCCACAGGUGAUUGUUCUGAACACGACUUUCAGGAUAGAUGAUAAUAUCAAAUUAGAUGAAGUGUUUUUGAAGAGGAUAGACUCAUUACCAAAUCUAUUAUCAAAGCUGUCAACAGGUAUAAAUGAUUUGAAACUAUUUUUACUUGCUAAUAUUAAACAUUUUAUUUCGAAUGAUCAGGAAGCGCUCAUGAACCGACUUGCUUUGACAUUGACAUGUUUUGAAAGAGAGAUUUGGGGUCAAAAUCCGGAUUGGAGAUUUGUUUGUUUGCAACAAAUUCAAGAACUAGCGAAACUCUUCGCCAACGUGUCAAAGAAUAAUUCUGGGAUUAAUUUCAAUUUAAAAUUUGGUAAGAAAAAUAAGCUAUUUAAUAGAAUUUCGAAUUGGUUAAGGUUUGAUAUCACGAAAAAUAAUUUUGACAAUUUGCGGUAUACUCUUGAAUUUUUGAAAACUGUUAGAUUGAGUCAGUUAGGAUUAGAAAAAUUCAAGCUCGUUGUUCCUUUGAAGAAAUUGCAAGUUUUAGAAAAUCAAGAAGAAAUCAGAAGAAUUACAAAUGAGAUUUUUAGCAUUGCAAGGAAAAGUACUGCUGGUGCAUCGGACAAGGAAAAUGGGCAGUCCAUGAAAAAAGUUAAUGUUGCUUCAAACUUAAUUAAUGAUAGUGAGAAGUCAAUCAAUAAACCGAAGCCAAUGAAAUCGUCAUUAUUUAACAAGUCUGUCAGCGCCACUAAGCUCGUAAAGCCUGCUGACUCCAAGAAGAGACCAGCCAACACCAGCUUGUCUAAUCCAAGAGGUAAAAAACCAACACAUUCACAUACAUCGUCAACAUUUGGACAAUCAGAAGCAAUCAAGAAGUCUACCAGCUUCGCUCUGUUUUUACCUGCGAAAAAUUCUAGUGAUGUUGACCGACCAAGUAAAACCGGCAACUCUAAUGUUCAAGAAAUGGACAAGGUUAAUAUUGUUGAAGUUGAUGAACCAGCCUCUGUUUAUGAGGGUGUGAAGAGUAUUUUACGGCGUAAAACUGAUAAAUCGACCACAAAACGUAAACGAAGACCAGUCUCUUUACAAUGGAAAGAUGAUAAUGAAGGGUUGGUGCAAGUUAAGUUUUUUGAUUUUGAUCCAGAUGAAAGAAAGUUGUUGGGAGUUCAAAUUCCUGGCAUUAUGGGAAUAGAAAAGUUUAGUAAGAGAACUAAUACACCAGGUAAUGAGAAUAUCAUACCUUGGACUGUCAAUGAUGGCCAGGCAUCACAAUUAUCACAACAAAUAACACCAUCGUCACCACCACCUCCACCACCACCACAACAACAACAACAACAACAACAAAAACAGCAGCAGCAACAGCAAGAAAAGCAAGAAAACAAGGAAAAGCAACCACCAACUCAUGUACCAUUCUCUGCUCUGCAAACACCGGAAGUUGUAGCCGCUUUACUUCCUAUAGAGGAAGAUGGUAAAGUUAUGUGGUGCGUACCAAUAGAAUUUGAUUUCACUAAUAUACCAUGGUACGAAUAUAACGAAGAUAAUUCUGAAACUCGGGCUGGUGGCAAAAUUCCUGUUAAAUCAGAUGAAAGAGAAGUUCAAUUAAAAAGAGAAGCUGUAGUUGAUGCCGUUGACAAUAAAGAAGAUAACCCAAGUGAGCCGCAUAAUGGGGGUAUCAAUGGCUUGACACCUGACGGGGGGAAUGGAUUGGUAUUACAUCCAAAGAACAUGGUGUCUUUUGGUGCUGUGGGACUUUUGUGA